AUGGCUUCGAUAGUGUACACGGCCGUGGCUGGUGGAAAGGUAGCGCUACCAUGCGACAUCAGCCCGCCUUCGCCUGACGACUCGGUGACUCUGGUGCUGUGGUACAAAGACGAAAGUCUGGCACCCAUCUUCACACUUGACUCCAGGAAGAAUCACGUAGACCAGGCACGCCAGUCUCCCGCGCCGGGGCUUGAGCGGAGGCUUUUCUUCGACAUGGGCCACUCGCCUGCUCACUUGAGGAUUGACCCUGUGCGGGAGGGAGACGGUGGCGAAUAUCGAUGCCGUGUAGAUUUCCGCAAGGCCCGCUCGGUGAACACUGUGAUCAACCUCAAGGUGAUCGCUUCGAUAGUGUACACGGCCGUGGCUGGUGGAAAGGUAGCGCUACCAUGCGACAUCAGUCCGCCUUCGCCUGACGACUCGGUGACUCUCGUGCUGUGGUACAAAGACGAAAGUCUGGCACCCAUCUUCACACUUGACUCCAGGAAGGAUCACGUAGACCAGGCACGCCAGUCUCCCGCACCGGGGCUUGAACGGAGGCUUUUCUUCGACAUGGGCCACUCGCCUGCUCACUUGAGGAUUGACCCUGUGCGGGAGGGAGACGGCGGCGAAUACCGAUGCCGUGUGGAUUUCCGCAAGGCCCGCUCGGUGAACACUGUGAUCAACCUCAAGGUGAUCGUGCCUCCAGGUGAUCCCGUUGUAAUGGACGAAGACGGACGCAAGCUGGAAGGCCUCGUCGGCCGCUUCAGCGAAGGACGAAACCUUAGGCUUCUUUGUGAGGUGGAGGGAGGAAAGCCUCGUCCUGUUGUCACCUGGUGGCGUGACAAGCGGCUGGUGGACUCGAACUUCAGCUUUGUAGGAGACGGCACUGUCGCUCGCAAUUGGCUUGAGAUCGGCGAACUCAAGCGCUCGGACUUUCUCAGCGUGCUCACCUGUCAGGCGGCGAACAACAACGUUACUGUGGCAGUGUCAAGAACGAUAACCUUGGAUAUGAACUUGAUACCACUGGACGUGGCCAUCCAGCCUCCUCGCCAUCCGCUGUCUGCGAGUCAUCCGGUCGAGCUGGUCUGCUCAUCCACUGGCUCGCGUCCUCCAGCACUGCUUACGUGGUGGAAGGGAGACGAGCAGCUACUCUCGGCUAAGGAGCAUCAGGGCGGCAACAACCACGAAGGAACCAGCUCGAGCGUUCUACUCUUCACUCCCAGGAGAGAAGACAACGGCGCAGUGCUUUCGUGCAGGGCCGAGAACCAGUUUAUCCAAGGCAGUGCCAUCGAAGAAGGAUGGAAGCUAGACGUGUUCUACAAACCUCUGGCAUCACUUCGCUUAGGUCAGAAUCUGCGGGAAGAUGACAUCCGCGAAGGUCGUGACGUGUACCUUGACUGUGACGUGGACGCCAACCCUCCGGCUAAUGAAGUGACGUGGCUCUUCGAGGGGCAGGAAGUCACCACGAACACCAGCGCUGGUGUCAUCGUCAGCAGUCGGUCACUGGUGAUGCAGAAGGUGCACCGGUCGCGCCGUGGGCGGUACAAGUGCAUUGCUAUGAACCGUGAAGGCCAUGGCACCAGUAACGUCUUCAUGCUACGCAUAAAGUACGCCCCCGUGUGCAGGCAGGACCAAAAGCACAUAUACGGCGUGUCGCGUCACGAGUCCGUGUCCGUGCGCUGCGAGUUGGAGGCUGAUCCGGCGGACGUGACCUUCCACUGGCGCUUCAACAGCUCCUCGAGUGGCAAGCGCCUAGAACUGGCCAGUUACAGCCACGCCCUGACACGCAGCACGGCGCUCUACUCACCGCUGAACGAAGACGACUUUGGCUUCUUGCUCUGCUGGGGCGAUAACGAAAUCGGCAAGCAGCAGAUACCCUGCAACUUCACCAUCGUUCCAGCCGCCCCUCCGGAGCAGGUGAACAACUGCAGCCAGAUCAAUGGCACCGAAGACUCGGUGUCCUUCGAAUGCUCCGAAGGUUUCUGGGAUGGCGGCGUGGCGCCCGUUACGUUCGUGGCUGAACUGCGCGAGGCCGACACCGACCGGCUCGUGGCGAACGCCUCUUCCAUGUCUGGACCGGCAUUCAGCUUCAGCGGCCUCGAAGGAGGCGCUACCUUUCGAGUGUUCCUUUACUCGGCCAACCCCAAGGGACACCGGUCGCCCGUAGACUUCAUCGUCAGCACACUGCGGCCAGCUGAGAAGCUAACUGCUGGAAGCCGUGGUAUGAUCACCGCUUGGCCAAUAAUAGGAGCGCUUCUCGGCCUCAUUGUCACACUGCUCAUCGCAGCGGUGGUGAUUGUGGUAUAUGUCAAGUACAAAUACCUGAAGAGGAAGCGAGACACAUACAGUGAGCCUGGCGAUGAAAAAUCCAACACCCUUCUCAAGAAGGAGACUGACGACUUCACAGACGUUGAAGAGAAGGGCCCCGACAUCAUACCAGAUACUCCGCUCUGCCAAGUUACAUAUAAAUCUUAUGGUUGCGAUCAAGAUGAAAAAGCAGAGUAUGCAAAGGAGCCUCUAACAAACUACUGCACUCUUCCUGCAUCCACAAGGAAGGCUGGCGCAGCCGAAUUUCCAUGGAGAAGCCACUGUACCAAUAACGAGGAUCGAGCGUUGGGAGCUUCGGGUGUCGAACUGGCUUUUCCAAUAACAGCACGCCGACUGGGUCCCGUCGGGUCCACCGCGAGCUUGCCUCGGCCACAGCGCUUCUACCUGGACCAGGUGUCACCGGACGGCAAUGGCACGGGUCCCGUGGAUUUCCCUCGCAGCGGCGUGCUCAGACCACUGGCGUCAGCGCACAGGCUGCCUCGUCGCUCACGCAGCAACCUGGAGGACUUCGGUUCAGUGCUUUCCAACGACUCACUCGAGAGCACAGUCUGAAGUGUAGCUGCGGAUGUUUCACAGUGUUCUUGGCCUGGAUCGCCGAAGGCUUUGAUUG